GAAUUUUCUUUGCCCCAAAAACCCCAGAUCUCUGCUACCCCUGACUUCUCAUUGGCUCCACUCUUUUUCAUCUCUCUCUCUCUCUCUCUAAACCAACUUCCAGUCUGCCACUACCACCAUCUCCACUCUUGGGCUUCCACUCUGAGCUCAAUUCUUGGAGCCCUUUCGUGGUUGUGGAUAAAAGAGCAAUCUUUUUCAAUGAAACCAAAAAGUUGUUGCAAAUAAAAGUUGCCCAUGGACAUAUACAAAAGACCCUCUCCCUUUUUGCUGCUGUUGCUGUUUUCUCUUCUUCUUUUGUUGUCUAUGAAACCUGAUGUGUAUUUGUAUGGUUUCUUUUCUGACUAAUCUUAUCCUAUCUCUAUCUUCUUUCAUUUCAAUGAUUCACUCCCAGUCUCUUACUUUACAUUUCGUUCUAAUUUGAAUACAUGAUUCAAUCCCAUUUUCUGCUCACUUGGGGUUCUUGAUUUUGUGAAUUUGAGUUCAUGACUACGUGUUUCACUGUGUGUGAUCACGUAGAAUCAGAAGACAGUUGUUGAUUUUGAACUUGAAAUUCAAGACUUUUUCAAGGGCUUUGACCAACUACUCACUCUAAGCAAAUUCAUUGCAUCUGUUUUCAGCCAAUUCUUUGCUCUCAAAUUUGAUGAAUAACAAUCAACAGCAGCAGCAAAAUAUGCAGAUGGGCUCUGCCGGCCUCACGCGGUACCGGUCCGCCCCGAGUUCUUAUUUUGCUAGCUUCUUAGACACUCCUACUGCCGAUGGUGGUUUUGGAGCAGAUCAUCUUGAGCAGCUCUUCAACCCUCGAGCUUCCAGUCCUGAGACUCAGAGAAUUUUCUCCAGGUUCAUGAAUGGCACUGCUGAUACAAUUCAAGAAAACAGCUUCUCAAAUAUGACUCUGCCAUCAAAAUCACAGCUGAAUUCACAGUUUUUUCCACCAAGAAGCAAAGAAUCUGACCCUCAGCAGCAGUUGCAGAGGCAGCAGAGCAACGACUACUCCUCGGCUUCUCAGAUUGUGUAUCAGACUCAUAAUUCCGGGGCUGCAAAUUCUGCUGCCAUGCAGAAUUCAUAUAAUAGACCAUUCGAUUCGUUUAGCUCGAUGAAGGUCGAAGGAGGAGGUGCCGUUGGUGGUUCAAGUCUCGUUCGUCAUAGCAGCUCGCCUGCUGGACUACUCGCCAACAUAAGCAUUGAAAAUGAGUUCGGAUCAGUGAGAGGGAUCGGGAACUUUGGAGGUGGUAAUAGUGCUAAUGCAGAAGCGUCGUUUUCUUCUGCAAGCAGGUUCAAGAAUCAGAUGGAAUUCUCGUCGAGGCUCUCUUCUUCCAGGCUGAUGGAUCCCAUCUCUGAGAUUGGGAACAAUGGCAUUGGUGAAAACAGUCGAGGGCCUGGACCGUUGGACGAUGAUCCUAGUAACGAUGGCGACUACAUCCCAGGUUUCACUUCAAACUCUUGGGAUGAUUCAUCAGUCCUCUCUGAUAAUUUCCUCCAAGAACUAGCUGAUAAUGACAACAAAAGAUUUUCAAAUGCAAAUGUCUCAGAUGAUCAGAACAACAAAGGUGGAAACCGGCCUACAACUCAAUUGUCGCAUCACCUAAGUUUGCCUACCAGUUCCACUGAGCUAUCAGCAAUGGAAAAGCUGUUGCAAGAUUCCGUCCCAUGUAAAAUCAGAGCGAAAAGGGGCUUUGCUACUCACCCUCGAAGCAUCGCUGAAAGGGUGAGAAGAACCAAAAUUAGCGAACGGAUAAGGAAGCUGCAAGAACUUGUGCCCAAUAUGGAAAAGCAAACAAACACAUCUGAUAUGUUGGAUUUGGCUGUUGAUUACAUUAAGGAUCUUCAGAGACAAGUAAAGACGCUUUCUGACAAUCGUGCAAAGUGCUCCUGCUCGGCUAAGCAGGAGUCCUACGUAGAUUGAAAUACGAUUGACGGAUGAGAAUUCUCAUUGUUUCAAUGUCUGUGUAUUGGAUUAGAUGUACAAAUUUCAAUGUCUGAGUGGAUUAUUUUGCUUUGACGGUAGAGUCAGAAUGAAUUAGGCUGAUUUCUUCUUGUGAUGUGCUUCGGAAUGAUCAUCGUUGGCGUUGGAAAUUGGCAAAUGAAAAAUUAAAAAGUAAAUUUAUUUCGAUCA